AUCACUAUACAGGAACCAACAAAGUAGAAGGCAAAAGCCAACUGCUACUCGUCACUCAUUUUGUUGAAGCAAGCGUACGCUGCGGGACUAUCGACGUUUAAUUUUUAGCUGUGAUUUUAUUGGUGACUAGUUGCCAAGUCCUGUUACUUUGUUUAAGGUAUUGCUGUGAUUUAGAAAAUGGUUAAGGAAACUAUGUACUAUGACAUUUUGGGUGUCAAGCCUAACUUCACCACCGAUGAACUAAAGAAAGCCUACAGAAAACUCGCAUUGAAAUAUCAUCCAGAUAAAAACCCAAAUGAAGGGGAAAAGUUCAAGCAAAUCUCACAAGCGUACGAAGUUCUAUCAAAUCCAGAGAAACGGGCAAUUUACGAUAAAGGCGGUGAACAAGCCCUGAAGGAAGGUGGAGGUGGAGGUGGCUUUUCCUCCAACCCAAUGGAUGUGUUCGACAUGUUCUUCCGCAGUGCGUUUGGCGGUAACAUGCGUGGCCCUGGUGAGCGCAGGGGUAAAGACGUGGUGCAUCAGUUGUCUGUCAGUCUAGAGGAUCUCUACAAGGGUGCAGUUAGGAAACUGGCACUAGAGAAAAACAUUAUAUGUGAAAAAUGUGAAGGGAGGGGAGGCAAGAAAGGUGCAGUGGAAAAGUGCAUGACUUGCCAGGGUUCUGGAAUCUAUGUGCAGAUACAGCAGGCGUCACUAGGAAUGAUACAGCAAGUAAAAUGUGUGUGCGGUGACUGCAAUGGCCAGGGCGAGAAAAUUGCUCCAAAAGACCGCUGCAAAACAUGUCAGGGAAAGAAGACUGUGAGAGAUCGCAAAAUCCUGGAGGUACAUGUAGACCCUGGAAUGGUUGACGGCCAGAAGAUCACAUUCUCAGGAGAAGGAGAUCAAGAACCCGGAUUCAAGCCUGGUGAUAUUGUCAUAGUGUUGGAUGAGAAAGACCACCUAGUGUACAAGCGAACUGGAAACGACCUGAUUCUGCGAAUGCACAUUGAAUUGGUAGAAGCCCUUUGUGGGUUCCAGAAAGUGAUCCAUACCCUGGAUAACAGAGAUCUUCUCAUCACCGUCAUACCAGGUGAAGUCGUUAAACAUGGAGACGUGAAAUUUGUACUCGGGGAAGGGAUGCCCCAGUACAAGAACCCAUUCGAGAAAGGUCGUCUCAUCAUCCAAUUCCUUGUCAACUUCCCUACAAGUCUCCCAGCAGAAGUUAUCCCCAGGCUAGAGUCCUGUUUACCGCCUAGAGAAGAACAAAUGGUGCCUGACGACGCUAUUGAGUGCUUGUUGGAGGACAUGGAUCCAGAGGCAGAGGCACGGCGGCGUGAGUACCGCAAUGCUUGCGAUGAGGAUGAGGGCCACGGAACGCCACGUGUCCAGUGUACAACAAACUGAACAUCAUUGCACACACCUAAUCCAUUCCCAACACCUGACAGAGGCAGAUGUGAUUCAAUCUUCGUUCAUUUCUCAUUUCCUCUCUAUUAAAUUACAUAAUAGCAUAAUUUGUUGUUAUAAAAAUCUUAUUUUUAUAAAUUUAUUUUAGUAUAUAAAUGCCACAUGUUACUCAUUUUGAAGAACAGAACAGUCUUUGUGAACAGCAGUGAAGUAUUAAAACGAGCAUAAUUUUUUGCAAUUUCUUUGCUUAACCCUUUAAUUGCCAAUGUCUGAUAGGUCAAAUAUGUAGAAAACUAUGGAUAAUUAUUACGUGUAAGGAGCAUGAUGAAGUAUUUUUAUAAACAAGAUGAAUUUUUAGUCCAGUUGGUAAGAAUGAUUAUGUAAAAAAUAGGCAAACCUAAUUGUUUGUUAAUUAUGAGAACAGAGCUUUGUCGUGUUAAAAAAAAAAACUGUUAGUUGUUUAUUUUGUCCCAUAAUAUAGUCUUUAUUUUGCACCUCUACUGUAUAUAAAGUGUACAAAUAAGAAAAAUCCAAAAUACUAAACAACAAUUGUACCACAUUACAGCAUACUACAUACUAUUAACAUGCGUACAGUAUAAUAUUAGCUAAGAAGUAAAAUAUGUUUUUUUAAGACUAAACAUGAAAUUAAGAAAUAAUACUCGGGUUAAAGCCGUAUAAAAUACCAGUUUGACUACAUUUAUUUUCUGUAGGAAAAUGCAAUUAGUUGGCAGUAAAAGGGUUAAAGUUUGCAUUUGUUUUUGAAGGUAUAGUAAAAAUCAUAAGUAUAAUGAUUUGACCAAACAUAAUAUACACCCCCCUGAGCAUAAUGAACAUACCAUAAAGUAAGAAAAAAUGUACUUCCAUAUAAUUAUACACAAUCGUCAUUAUUUAAUAUCCAUAGUGAUCUUAGGUUUGAGAAGUUAUAAUCUCAUUAAAAUUAUGUGGUGUAUUGAUGGAUGGUGUAUUUAUUUUGUUGAGUAGUAUUAAUAAAAGUACUUGUAUGCAUGAUUUUGUCCCUAGCAAAAUAAAUGUUUGUUGAAUAUUUAUGUUGAGAAGUGAAACCUAUUAUUUAUGGCUCUAAACCAGAAGGUUAGAUGAUUGAGAACCAGCAAAAACUCUAGUAGGUGGAGCACUUGUUAUGUUAUUAUUGAUAAUUCACAAUAAUUACUGAUAUUUGACCAGCACUACAGAGAAAGUGGAGAGAUUUAAAAGUGUAUUAAUCAGAGUUUGACUUUGUUGUCUACUUUCACCUGUUCUAAGGAAGCCAGUAAUACUGGCAAAAUAUCAGUCUUAUUGUUUCUUUGAGAUACAACUUUACAAGUGCUCCUACUUAGUUAAGUUGUUCUGGUUCACAAGUUAUCCUAACCUUGUAUAUCUCGUUGUGUCAAUAACGUUAGCUGUUCCUGUAUGCAGGGGUCCUGCAAAGUGUUGGAAAGGUGUGAUGUUUUUUAUUUGUUAUGAGUUACGUUCAUUAUUAAUUUUUUUUUUAUUAGUUACAAAUAAUCUAGAAAUAGUUACAUUUUUUCAUCCUGCAAACUCACGUAAAUAAUCUUGGAAUUCUGUUUAUACCUAAAAAUGUGAAUGUCCAAAGAGAUUUGGCAAUAGGAUGCAAAAUAUAAAUCUGAUCCUGACCCACUUAUUUAGGUCCAUCCACCCCUUAUUGGAUACUUUUAGCGCCCCUGUAUUUGUAUAGUACAUAAUAUCGAUCAAAUUAAAGUGGUGUAUCUAACUGCUGCUUCUGUAUAUUUUGAUAGUUCAUAUCCGUUCAGUUAUAAGAGAGUUAAGGUUGAGUUAAGAGCACUGCAAAAUCUUGAAAGUUCCACAGUGCACAUUCCAACGUGCGCUUAUUAGUCUUAUUUUUAUCUCCUCAUUUAUAACUAUUUUGGUCACAUGUAGAGUUUUCUUGCAACGUAGUAGUUUUGGUAGAAUUAUUAAUGUAGUUAAUUUUUCUUUCCAUAAUUGAGUGAAUAAACAUUGUCCAAAUUCUGUAUCACACAUCUAAAGGGUUUAGUUGGUAUUGUUGAAUUUUAAUCUACCUGAAAAACUAUCUAAUAAUUCAAUAUAAUAGGUUGGAUAAGGUAGUAGUAUCAGAAUUACCUUUACAUAAUUGAAAGUUUAGAACUGUUGUUUUUUAUAAAGAAACACUUGUUUUUAAUGUAAGUGAAAUAUUACAUGCCUCACUCAGUCAUUUUGUAAUAAACCAUAGAGUUUGGCCUUUCUUUCUGUGGUUGACAGAGUGCUUAGUGGACACCACAGCUUCCAUAGAUUUCCAACCUGUAUUUCUAUGUCAAGAUGGAGAGUCUCACUUUCUAAUUAAGUUUAACUACCUGUUUUUCUGUCCAAUACAAUCUCCUCUCUCAUUGAGUACGUAUGUUUUUAGUUUACACAUAAUUUUAGUUCAAAGUAUAAGAAAGAGAAAUAGUUAUGAAAUAUAUUUUAUGUAAACUUUUUUGUGAGAACACAUUGGCAUACAUAUUAAUAUUUUUUAUUAUGAGUGGCUAUUUAAUGAACUAUAAAUUACAAUUAGUGUAUUUUACAUUUAGUUUUUGGUUUGAGGAUAAAUUUGUUAAUCGUGCGAAAAUGGUAAUAAAAUGAUGAGAUAUUAUAAGGUA